GAAAGGGACAUGUAUAAAGAGUCUGACUGUCUCUUGCUGUCUCGGUGUAUUAUUCCAAAGCAUCCUCAUCUACAAAAUAUCCUCAUACAAGACCACUACAAGUAAUAUAAUACUCAACCACCUCAACAAGACAAUUUUUAAUCUCACAAAAACCAAAAUGCUCUUCACAACCACCAUCCUCGCCCUGGCCACCCUCACCGGUGCCGUCCCCACCCCGGCCGGCCAGGCCAAGUCCAUGGUCGCCGACGUGCCCCAGUGGACCAUCACCGACUUUACCCGCACCUGCAACGACGCCGACACCGAGUGCAAGGUCCAGUUCGGCAUCGACACCAACGCGGGCGGCAACUCCACCACGCCGUGCAGCUACAGCGUGACCGCCGACUCUCUGGCCUCGCGCGCUUCCGUCGCCAACAUUGACUGCGGCAAGUACAAGGUCAGCUCGGGCUGGAGCGGCCAGUUCGAGGUCGGCUUCACUACCCUGUCCGUCGUCGACUCGGAGAAGAGGCUCAUCGUGUGGCCCGCCUACACCGACGACCAGCUCGUCAACGGCAAGGCUGUCAGCCCCGACCAGAGCUACGCUCCUCAGACUCUGGGUUGAAUAUGAAAUGAUGCAUUUGGAGGAAAUGGGAGGGAAAUAAAAUGAAGGGAACGCAGCAGUUCUGCGACUCACGAUGUCAUGUAAACUAAUAAUUAUGACCUGUAAUACAAAAAAAACAAAAAUAAAAUUUGGCACAUGCGUUCUUGUCUAGUCCUGUCAAACGCGGUACAACUUUGGCCUUUCAGGUUCAUCUGAUCCGG